AUGCACGUGAAGGCUUUGCUGCCGCAGCUGCAGGCGACGCUGCUGAAGUGCUUGGCAGCAGCAGCAGCAGCAGCUUCUGGCGCCACUGCUGCUGCUCUUUGCCGCUGCUGCUUGGGUCUUGUUGCUGCGCUGCACACGCGGAGCCGCGUGGAGGCUCUUCUGGGCGAGCUUGCGCUGUGCAUACACCCCACAGCCAGCACAGCAGCAGCAGCAGCAGCAGCAGGAGUCACUGCCAUUUCUCCCCUUGUGGCGCUGCAGGUGGUGCAGCACGUGCUUGUGAACACAAGGGAAGCCGUAGAGGACCCUGCGCUGCAGCAGGGACUUGCUGCUGCUUGCUGGGCAGCAGCAGGUGCAGCACGGAAUGAACUGCAGCAAACUGUUGCAUGCAGAGUGCUGGGGAAGCUCCUAGCUCCGAGUGUACAUACACCUCAGACGCAGCAGCUGCUUCAGGAGUUCGUUGUGGAAGCAGCAGCAGAUUUCCAGACGGAUACGCGCAAGAGCGCAUGCUUGGUGCUGGCAAAUUUGCUGCGGACGGGCAGCCAGGAGCAGCUGCUGCAGCUUCCGCUGCUGCAGCAGCCGCAGCAGCUGCAGCAGCUGCUGCAGCAGCUGCUGGAGGACCGGGCGCCGCCCGUUCAGUCAGCGGCGCUUCAGGUGUACAGACACCUCGUGCGGCACUCCAA